UUCACGGCGGAUGGGAGCCAAGGGAGGCUGCUUUGAUGGCGUCUGAAUCCCCAUGAAUAAGCAGAAAAAGAAGAGAAAGAAAUAAUGCCGCUACACAGACUGCACUUAUCCAGGGGGUGUAAGAGCAGCUAAAGUCAGAUCAUUUCUUAUGACAGCAAUGCCGGAAUGUCCUUACAGUUACAGUGCUUUAAAUCUGUGAUUGUGGUAAGAGCCGGCCCGGUGUUGAUGCCUGAUCUGGCGCGUCCUCCUCCCUGCUCCUCCCGGUAACACGGCGGCGGAGGAGGCGGGAGAGAGGAGAGAAAAGGUUGGGGCAAACGCGAUGGCUGCGGGUGGAGAAGGGCGCGGGGAGACGGUGGAGCAGUACCGGUCCGAGGUGGAGCGGCUCACACACGAGCUCGCCGAGGCGAACCGGGAGAAGAUCCGUGCGGCUGAAUGCGGACUCGUGGUGCUGGAGGAGAACCAAACCCUGAAGCAGCAGUACGCAGACCUCGAAGCCGAGCAGGAGACCAUGAGGCAGGAGUUGGAGCAGCUGCAGGAGGCCUUUAGCCAGGCGUACUCCACCCAGAGGAAGGUAGCAGAAGAUGGUGAGACCAACGAGGAAGCGCUCCUACAGGAGUCGGCAACCAAGGAGGCGUAUUACAUAAGCCGUCUGCUGAAUCAGCAGACUGAACUGAAGCACAGUCGCUCUCAGGCCUCCAACACGCAGGCGGAGAAUGAAAGACUCAGCAGCAUCUUGCAGGAACUUCGAGAGAGCAAUGAGAUGCUGGAGUUACAGAGGAGCAGGAUGAGGGAAGAAGUGAGAGAGUAUAAGUUUCGAGAGGCUCGGCUGCUGCAGGACUACACCGAGCUCGAGGAGGAGAACAUCACUCUGCAGAAACUGGUGUCCACACUCAAACAGAACCAGGUGGAGUAUGAGGGCCUGAAACAUGAGAUCAAGGUGUUAGAGGAGGAGACCGUCUUGCUGAAUAGCCAGUUAGAGGAUGCUUUGCGCCUGAAGGAUAUCUCAGAGAGUCAGCUGGAGGAGGCACUUAAUGCUCUGAAGGGUGAACGUGAGCAAAAGAACAGCCUGCGUAAGGAGCUAGCCCAUCACAUCACCCUGUGUGACGGACCCUUCUCUUCAGCCUGUGCUCACCUGGUCGCCCUCAGCUCAGCGCCCCCGAGCGGCAGUGCCACCCCUACUACUGCCACUUCUCCUGGCAGUGAGGAUGGUGGCAAAUGCAAUGGACUUCUGCUGCAGGGUUCAGCUGGAAAAGCACUGAACCGACUAAAUGGGGAGUUCAGAGGAGCAGGACAGAGAAAACAGAGCGACUCCACGACCCCUGACCUCUUCAGUGAGCUUCACCUCAACGAGAUUCAGAAACUUAAACAACAACUGCAGCAAGUAGAGCAGGAGAAGACGUCUGCAGUGAAUAGCCUUCAUGAGUGUGAAACUCAGCUACAACACACACAGCGUGCCCUGGCCGAACAGUAUGAGAGGGCGCAACACCUCCAACAGCGCAUUUAUGCAUUACACCAGCAGGGAAGUGCCACAGAGACUGGUGAUGAGGAAAAGGCAGAGGCAGAGGUGAAGGGCUCGUCAUGGGCGUGUGAUGACCUGGAGGGCAUGGGUCUGGAACUACUGCAGUGUAAGUACAAACUAGCAGUGACAGAUGUGGUAAGCCUUAAUGACGAUCUAAAGAACCUUCAGAAGAGGCAUAAAGAGUGUGUGGAGCGGGCAGCACGGGAAGAAGAACUCGCCCAGGUCCAAAUACAGGCUCUCGAAGCAAAGGUGGCUUGCCUAGAAUGCCGCUGCCAUGAGGACAGGGAUAAGGAAGCAGCACUCCAGCGAGAGCUGAAGAAAGCUAAUAAUUCUGCCUUGGAUUGCAACAGCACGCUGGCUGCAGCCUAUGAAGAGCUGACCACCUUCAGCGAGGAACUGGCACAGCUUUACCAUCAUGUCUGCAUGUGCAACAAUGAAACACCCAACCGCGUAAUGCUGGAUUAUUACCGUCAGGGUCGGAACCCCCCGCGUGCUACGUCCACAGGUCUUAAAGCGCAGGAUGACCAUCGUGUCCUCCUGACACCGAGGCUGGCGCGCCGCCUGGCGGCUAUCAAUGCUGCCACAUCUUCCGCUUCGACACCAAGUGACUCACAGAGCCCCACAGAGUCACCCUCCAAAGAUCCCCUCAACUCUGAGGAUAGCCCAGUGCGCACAGUGCUGAGCUCAUCUGCUGUCAGUGCCUCUUCAUCAUCAUCGUCUUCAUCCCCAGCACCCGAUUCUCCUGCUAGCUCCGACACCCGCCGGGAACCGAUCAACCUCCACCACCUGAAUGCCAUUAUCCGUGAUCAGAUCAAGCAUUUACAGAAGGCAGUGGACCGCUCUCUGCAGCUGUCUCGCCAGAGAGCAGCCGUCCGUGAGCUUGCACCACUCUUUGAUAAGGAAAAAGAGGCUUGUAUGGAAGAAAUUCUCAAGCUUAAGUCUCUGCUGAGCACCAAGAGGGAGCAGAUUGCCACCCUGCGCCUGGUGCUCAAAGCCAACAAACAGACUGCAGAAAUGGCUCUGGCGAACCUGAAAAGCAAGUAUGAGGCUGAGAAGAGCAUGGUGACUGAGACGAUGAUGAAGCUCCGUAAUGAGCUGAAGGCGCUAAGAGAGGACGCUGCCACGUUUUCCUCACUAAGAGCCAUGUUUGCCACACGGUGUGAUGAGUACUUAACUCAGUUGGAUGAGAUGCAGAGGCAGCUUGCAGCAGCUGAAGAUGAGAAGAAGACGCUGAACUCCCUUCUCCGCAUGGCAAUUCAGCAAAAACUGGCACUAACGCAGCGCCUGGAGGACUUGGAGUUCGACCACGAGCAACGCCGCCCCAAACUGAGGACAGUCAAGACGGCCAAACUGAGGACCACACCACCCAAAGUAAGUGGAACAGCCACCUUGCCCCUUCCUGACAGCUCGUCUCCAGUAGCUGAGGCAGUUGCAGAAACCUCCCCUACUGUAUUCACUCCCUUGCUCUCCUCUGACCCAGGCAGUCCCCCCUCUCUGGAAGCCCCUUCCUCUCCUGCCUCAUCCUUCUCCUCCACCUGGACUCCCCCAGUUACGCCCUACAGCCGGGGCCACACCCACUGGACGGUGGGAAUGCGAGCGUUCGUGGUGGAGCCACACUCCUAUGGUGUGGACGCUCAUACCACCAGUAUGUGCCGAACCACCAGCUUGGCCCGUCGCUAUGCAAUCGAGUCACUCUAUUCAUCGGGUUCGCGCCCCCCUUCUAACUAUCGCUCGCCCAUCCUGGGGUCUUAUCGCUCCACCUGGAGCUCGCCCAGAUCUCGUCCACUCUCCACAGUCCUAACGCACUCCACCCACACAACCAGAUACACUUCCCCAUCUUCCUCCUCUUAUGGCCAUUCAUACCCAAGAAAUUACACUUCUCAGCACCCCCGCUACUGAAGGCUGAGCAGCGGGUGGCACAAAGAGGAGGACAGACUGGUUUCCUAUUUUUAUAGUUUCCACUGCACUCUGCAACUUUGGUGACUGUUUUCUGCUCAGGGAUUUUGUGGAGCACAAACGGCCCUGCCUUCCUCCGAGAGAGAGAGAGAGAAUUAUUCACUUCUCAGAACACUGUUCGCUGUUUCUGACCUCUCAUGCAGUUCAUUCUCCAGUGAACCUGGUGGGCCUUUGCAGUGCGAGCCUCCCAAACCACAAACCAGAGAUUACAUUUACUUUUAAGAGAGUGUUACUGGACUGUGUGUCAGCUGUGUUGGAUUAAGGCAUUGUUGUCUUGUUUCAUUGUGAAUAUUUAAUUAUAACAAACCAUACGAUUUACAAGAGAAGAGGUUUGGAAGUGUCUUAUUAAUUACUAAACCAAGAAUUAUGCACUGUAAAAUCCAUCACUGUGUAACAACUGUAUGAUUUUUUUAAUACUAAUUUAGCUUCUUUGAUGAGAACUAACACAUUACUUUUAAAAUCUUAACGUUUUAAUAUAAGUUUGGCCUUUCAGCUUCAGCAAAAGCAAGUUUAGUUUUAGCUUUGUUUUUGUUUUGUUUUUACAAUGUCAUUUUAGCUAGCUAUCCUGAAACUGAUUUUUUUUCUUUUCAUUUCUGUUGGUGAUCAUUCACAGCCUCUGACCUGUUCAGAAUCAGCGUCACAUGCCAUGUGGUUUGCCCAUUCUCAUUUAAAGGAAUAAUAAGCAUUUAAACACUACCAGUUGCCAUAAUUCCAUUUUCUAGGUGACGACUCUUGGGUUUCAUUAGGUCUUAGUAUUUCAUGAUGAAAAAUCAAUCAAACAGAAAGAGCACUGUGGCUGCACAGAUUAGGUACGAUAAUAAUGUUUGGAGCAUUUCACUGAAGGAAGCAGGGACUUUUACAGAAUGUAAUCUUAAUUAAGCGAUAUCUAGUAUGUAUAAUAUACAUUACAAAUCUCAGGGAAUAGCAUUACUGGUCUUGUAAUGGAGGCAUAAGGCAGUGUAAGUGGAGAAAUAAGUGUGGAGUUUAUUGAUAGUAUCCUGUGAAUUGGGUUUGAUUGUUGUCAGAUUGUUUUGCCGUGCAUUAAAUAUUUGUGUUAAUUUAGUAAAGUAUGGCGCACAGUAUUGUCUCCAAAUGUUUUGCUAAGCAGAAUUUACCAUUACGGCAUCUCCAUAUGCAGCUGCAUUCAAAGUGCAUUAUCAGCAUCCCUCUGUAACAUCCAGCUAAUAUUUUUUAUCCCACCAAAGACUCUGAAGGCAUAUGAAGGCACUGGCCUUUAUAUCAGCUACACUUUUGAUUAUGCAAUUUACAUCAGCUUUGUCCCACUGUCUGCACUCACAGGGAGACUGAAGCAUUUGACAAGAUCCCAAUUUCCACCUCGACAUUCCCAGCUUGACAUUCUCCACUAAUUAACAUAUCAUGUGGAUUUGUGUAAUGUAAUACAUUUGUGCUGAUGAUAACACACAUCACAUGGCCCUCACAAUACACAGUAGCACAGAAGAUCAUUGGUCCCUGCAGAUAAUAUACACUUAGGGUUGCUAUUAUACAGGAAAGCCGAUGUAGUUUACAGAUUUUGUUGUAUACUGCUCGGUUCCUGCAGUUUUUUUAAGCUAGAAGGUUAGAAGUCUUGUAAUAUUGUACAAGUUUGUGAUAAUGCUACUGUGAGGUGGUUUGUGGAGCUGAUGGUCAGUUAGGGAGGAAUGGUGGCCUAGAUUUAAAAGAACUUUUCAGUGAUUUUCUCGAAAGGGUCUUUGUGCUCAGGUGUUAAUUGUCAGGACAGAGAAACCUUUCAGACCUCCUCUGUGUGGCACCCCUUUCUUUUUUGUACCCUCCAUACAUAAACACACACACACACACACACCACACACACACACACACACACAGACUCUACUAAUACCUUGUCUGUCCCUGCCCCAUCAUCCCCUCAAUGCGAUUCCAUUCCACUAAAAUUCAAGUCAUUGACCUCAAACAUGUCAAAUGCUUCAGUGCUUCAACUGUAAUGCUGCAGACACCAGCUUGUGUCUUCUUCAACCUCGAAUGAAUAUCAUACACUGGGACUUUAGUCCCAAGUCAAAAUCAUUACUGUAAUUUGAAUUUUUCUACUGGGUAUCAUGUGGCCUACAGCAUUACUACUACUAGAGUCAGAGAGGCAGACUGUUAUUACUGAACAUUAGCAUGUGUCAGGACAACACCAAUCUCUCCAGUGCAUUGUACAGUGAACAUGGUGUGUAUUUUCUUCAUAUUUAUUGUAAAUAACUCAUAAAAGACCUACAGUAAUUAAGUCUUUGUGUGCGUCAUCUCAUGUUGUGUGUACAGUGGAGUCGGGAGGUUUUCACCGAUCAUGCGGUUUAUAGCAAGUCGCUCAAACACGAGCUUGUCCUUUCAUUUUCAUAACUCAAGCCAUGUUUGAGAUUUAUACAUCGUGUUGCUGUGGAUGUUUCUGUAUUUAUUUAUGUCAUAUCUCUGGAACUGAAUUGACUGUUUAAUCCAGUCACGGUUUAAAACAUAAACAGAAUUAUCCCAAAAUGUGGUCUGAUCUAAACUCAAUAAUAUAUCAGCACAUUUGGAAUGGAUGAUAGAGACUGAAUUAAAGAGUAGUCUGAGACCCAAGCCUGAUAAAAAAAAAAAUCAGCAGGUAAUGUAGUGUUUAAUGGUAGCUAAAGCAAACACGAGUAUGUACAGGAUCUGUGGGCCUGGUUUUAACAAGAGACAGCUCAGGCAGGAUAUCCAGUGCUGUGCAGUGAAACAUGUGAAUGUUAGGGGUGUAACGAUGCAUCAUGGCAUGAUGUGUGUUAAGCGGUUUAAUUCACAUCACUGAAAUCAGCAUUCCAUUGAUCAUACAUCUAAUUGCACUGUUUGAACACCAGAGGUCCCAAACAGCAGAACUGAGAUAGAGCUCAGAGUCACAUGAUCGCAUUCUUCAUAGAGAACCAGGAACCAUCUGUACAAUGUAGUGACCAAUAGCUCCGCAUCACAACAACUGAGGUGAUUUGGUUAUACAGUCGUGUUAUAAGCAUUAAAAAGAGCUCUUCAUUAACUUUCAAGCAAUGUGCAAGGAAUUCACUUUACCCGAUGUUGGAGCUCUAUUUCUGGUCAAAUUACACCUCAAGAGCUGCUAUGGUGAUUAUUACAUUUUAGUCCAACUUUUACCCAAAAGUUUUAAACGUUUAUUCAAUUAAAUUUUUGGGAGAAGAUAAUUGAUUUAUCUUUAUCAAACAUUUUUUAUAAUAUUAAACCUCAAUUUAAGUUAUUUCAUUUUAUUCGGACAGAAAUGCACAUCAUUUUGCAUUGUUUAUGAUUCCGAAAUAAAUUCAUUUUUUUCUGUCAUGAUCAUUGUUCAUUACAAUUUUAUUCAAAAUAUUCUGAGAAUCAAGUUGAAUCAAAUCAGAUCAUGACCAAAGUGUAUCGUUACACCCCUAAUAAACACUUGCUAAAGUAAACUAUGUUCAUUAUUACUAUACAGUUAAAAAAAAAUGACGGUUUGCUCAAACUCAUAUUAUUAAUCUGAACAUGGGCUAAAAUCAGACUUGAAGGUCAGUUGCUUGGGGCCCAGAGUUUUGCAGUGACCACAGAUACUCCUCUUUUGAGGCCGAUGAAACUGUAAAAUCUCACAGUACAUAACUCGUCCAGUGGGUAAUAUAGAGUGGGACACUCCUUAAAGGACAUCCUGUGGUACUUGCACAAAUUUAUUUUGAAUUGUUGAAGAGAAAUGCCCUGUUUGGAAGCCAGAAGAGGGAGAGAAAACAAGAAUAGCAAAAGAGGAAACAGAGCUGGGGGCAAAUGGUCUAGAAAAUCAAAUAACAAAAUAAUUAAGGAUGAUAAGUGGAGGCUAAGCCAUAACGUAACACUCGACCAACAUUAUUUAGGCAUCUGAGAAGUUUCAAGACAGUAAUGUGUGCUAAAAAAUACAUUCAGGUAUUCUAAUUCUGUAUGAAGGCAUCCGGUAAGAUUUCAGGAAUACUAAUAUCAACAGAAUCAAUCGUGGCUAAAUCAGGCAAUGGGUCACACUGUAGCAGGAGCACAUUUAGAUCAUCUUACUACCUCUUUAUCCCACUUGGGCCACAACACUCAAAAUACUGUGAAUACGCCCUUCUGUCACAUGCUUUUAGAUUUAGUAGCUGACUUUGCCCUGGGCCUGGUAAGUACAAAUUAUAAUGUGUGUGUGUGUGUUUGUGGGUGGGUGUGUGUGUGCUGUUUGGGUACCAAUUUUAGUUUUGACCUUGUAGGGACAAAACAGAUUUGUGUGUGUGUGUCUGCAUACACACACCUGAGUAGUGAGUCUAAUCGUGU